GUGUGUGUGGGGGGGGACAUCUCUGCAGCAGGAGCUUUGAGGCUGGUGCAAAGUCAAGGAAAGGGGUGUUAUGUAAUCAGAAAUGCAUCUGAAGAAAGUGCGUGUUUGUGUGUUCAUGCAAGCAGGUGUGUAAUUGCCUGCGUGUGCACAAGAGAGGUGGUGGAGGGGGCCAACAGUGGGAGCCAAGCUUUGGGACCCCUAGAAAGCAGUUGGGGCUGGUGGCAACCCCCGACCUGCAAAGCUGAGGCCUGGCAUCUUCUUAUAGCCAGAAAUGCAUCUGAAGGAGGAGCGUGCAUGUGUGGCACGUGUCUCCAUGCAUGCGCGUGUUCAAAAAAGGUGGCGGAAGUGGUCAACAGUGGGGGCCAAGCCUCUCUGCAGCAGGAGCUUUGGGGCUGGUGAUGGAGAUGCAUCCAAAUGUCGCUUGCAAGAAUCACCAGCAGCUCUUUCUGCUGCGUUUCUUUGUCUUCCGCUUCAGCUUCUUUGUGACCCUCAGAAGUCAAGCAUGACAAAUCAAGAGGCGCUUUGCUUCUCUCCUGGAUGUGGGUAGAUCAGAAAUAAAACCCCUCUUCUGAAUCUUAGCAAAAUGGUCCCUGAGUGUUUUGAGGCUGGGACCAGGAUUUUAAUGGAGUUUCUCAGCUUCUCCCCAGAGCAUAUGCAGGCGCACUGAUGUCUCUGGCAGGGCUUGCAAAAAUUAAGCAGAGCAAAAUUCCCUCGCUGCUUUGUUUCAAGCAAUCAUUUGCAUCAAGGUGAUAUUUAAGGGGCCGAAAGUGGAAGCCCUGUGUAUUAUCUUUUUGCCCUUCCUAAUAUUUCUGGCACGUUACUUUGUUAGCCAGCAUGGGGGAGAAAUGUUCUGCUUCAGACGCAUCUUGUUUUCUAAUUGUGGUACGCUCUUAAUUUCCCACGGAAGCCAAAACUUUCACUAACGUAUAUUUUCUGUGUUAGCAUAGAAAAUACAUGUUAACGUACGUUUGCAACUUCCAUCACCUUUACUGAAGAAAUAGAGACGCUAGUUAUAAUUUGCACACUGUGCUUCUUAUGUAAUCCCUUGUGGGAACUUCCACAAAAUAAAAGCCGUAUAGGCAUUUCCAAGAAUAAUUAUUUCUUGUGAGUUGUUUUUGCUUUCAGAUAGUCUGUAUGAUUAUGACACAUCCAAAGAAUUUGUGAUACUGUCGCAUGUUCUUACAUAUAGCAAAAAAAUUGUUUGCUUGAGCAUUGCUAGAUAUACACCCAUGUUUUACUUGACUGUAAUUUGAAGAGCAGGGUAGAGGCAGGAUUUAAUCUACAGGCAAGCUAAAUGGGGUUUGGGUUUUUUGUGCUGUUUUAUUGUAAUUAUGUGAGUUUUGUGAGAAACAGGGAGACUGUGCAGCAAUGCUGGUCUUGAACUGGUUGGAAGCUCUAUUACCCCACUCUCUCUUAUGUGCGUUACCCUUCCCUCAGCCAGUAUAACUGUUAUCUGGAUUUCCUAGGUCUUCAGUGAAAGUUGGGUGGUUUCAGAUUUGUGGAUGACCAGCAUCUGCUUUCUUGUUCUCUUGAGCCAUGGCUUACCAACUGUAUAGAAACACCACCCUGGGAAACAGUCUUCAAGAAAGCCUGGAUGAGCUCAUUCAGUCUCAGCAGAUCACUCCUCAGCUUGCUCUUCAAGUCCUACUGCAGUUUGACAAAGCUAUCAACGCUGCGUUGGCACAGCGGGUCAGAAACAGAGUCAAUUUCAGGGGCUCUCUGAACACAUACAGGUUUUGCGACAACGUUUGGACGUUCGUACUGAACGACGUGGAAUUCAGGGAGGUCACGGAGGUUGUGAAAGUGGAUAAAGUCAAAAUCGUGGCCUGUGAUGGGAAAAAUACUGGUUCCAAUGCAGCGGAGUGAAGAGGGACUGGGGCUUCUGGGCCCACGUUGACCUGAUGGGCAGCGCUUCCUGGGGAACAGCGUGGGCAAAGACUCUGUCGGGAGUUGUUUUAAUAAUGCAGACAGAAAUCUUCUUUAUUGGAAUGCCUUGUGGAACUGUCUUAGCAAGAUCCCGUACGGCACCUCCGGGCUCUUUCUCAGUCACGAAGAUAACCAAGCUUGCUUUUUUUUAAAGAGGAACAAAAAUAAGGAUGAAACAUGCACAGCUGCGUUUUGGUUCAUCAAGGUCACCAAUAAAUAUUUUAUUUAAAACUU